AGAGGCAUGAAGAUCAGCUUCCAGCAUUUUGAGAUCAUUGAGUUUGAUGAAGGUGCCGGCUCCGUACUCAGAAUCCAGCGUCUCCGAGCGCCACGUGAUGAUGCCAUCUAUGAAUGCGUUGCUGAGAACACAGAGGGCAAUGUCUCUGUCAGUGCUAGGCUGUCAGUCAUCCAAGAGGAUCGACUCCCGUCAGGCUUCCCUAACAUUGACACUGGCCCUCAACUCAGGAUGGUGGAGCGCAAUCGAACAGCCACUAUGCUCUGUUCUGCCAGUGGCAACCCUGGCCCAGAAAUCACCUGGUACAAAGACUUCCUGCCCAUUGACCCCAGUGCAAGUAAUGGGCGGAUAAAACAGCUACGUUCAGGUGCCUUGCAGAUCGACAACAGCGAGGAUGCCGACCAGGGGAAGUACGAGUGUGUGGCGUCUAAUAUGAAAGGCGUGCGCUACUCUGUCCCUGCUAACCUUUAUGUGCGAGUGAGAAGAGUCCCACCCAGAUUUUCCAUUCUACCCACCAACAAAGAGGUGAUGCUAGGCGGCAGCGUCAGUCUGACAUGUGUGGCAGUGGGCUCGCCGCUGCCCUUCGUAAAGUGGAUGAUGGGCCUGGAGGAUCUGACCAAGGAAGACGAGAUGCCAAUGGGACGUAACGUGCUGGAGGUCACCAACGUCCGUGAGUCAGCAAACUACACCUGUGUGGCCAUGUCCUCUCUGGGCAUGAUAGAAGCCACCGCUCAGAUCACUGUCAAAGCCUUGCCAAAGCCCCCCACCUCCCUCAUUGUGACUGAGACCACAGCCACCAGUGUGACUCUCACCUGGGACUCUGGGAACCAGGAACCUGUCUCCAGAGCCAAGUCCUCAAACAAUGACUUCCAGGAGGUGGAUGGUGUGUCAACAACCCAUUACAGUAUUGGUGGACUAAGGCCCAACUAUGACUUUGGCCGUGGACCUCCCAGCGACCCCGUGGAGGUGCGCACCGCUGAACAGGCCCCCUCCUCGCCGCCUCUGCACAUCCGAGCACGCAUGCUGAGUGCCAGCACAAUGCUGGUCCAGUGGGAACCGCCAGAGGAACCCAAUGGUCGAAUCAGGGGCUACCGGGUCUACUACAGCUCGGAUCUGACGGCUCCACUCAGCACCUGGCAGAUACAGAUUACAGAUGACACCAGUAUGACUACCAUCUCAGGCCUGACUCCUGACAUCACCUACAGCCUCAGGGUGCAGGGCUUCACCUCUGUAGGUGACGGGCCACUUUCCGAUAUGGUGCAAGUCAAAACCCAGCAGGGAGCUCCUGUGUCCUCUGUCCUGCUGGUCUCUGAGUGUCUGUCCCAGGGAGAGAUUGAGGGUGUCCUGUUCCUCUGGAGGGAGGAGACAGUCCUCAGUACAGCUGGACUCUGGAUGGACACACACUGACAGACGCU